AGAGUGAGUGUGUCAGGAAGGAGAGCUCAGAUCUCUGCAGUGCAGAGCUAAAGGGCUACUUCUCCAACCAAAAACCAUACGCACUAGUCUUCUCUUAUUUUAAUUUUCCUAGUGAAAAACAAGGACUAUACCUUAUAUCUACAAAGUUGACCAGGACAGGAGCCUGGGUCAACGACAACUCGGUAUUAUAUUGUAUUUUUUGUUAAUUGUUUUAAGUUGGUUUCUGCUGAAAGGACUGACGGUUUAGUCUAUGCACUGAGACGACAGUAUUUAUAUCUCCACUUCUCGUCUGUUGACCAGAUCAGAGCCAGUUAGCAGAAGUAGGCGACAUUAAGUAAAUUCCUAUGUCGUUUGCAGUGCCCUAGUCUGAAUGUUUUUUUUCCGCUUUUUCUUCGAUUUCUACUGUUUUACCUCUCCGAAUGGAGUUGCAUGCAACAGCAAACAAGUCUGCAGCAUUGGAGGAAAAGCUACUGCAUGAGACAAGAGAGUGGAGAACCGACGCUUAUUAUUAAGAAGUGUGUUUUUGCGACGCUGGCAAACACCUUCGCCAAUCUGAAGAAAAGUCGUGGCAGCACCAUGAGCGCAGAGCUGAGCAUGGUCCCAGAGCUCCCCAACAGCCCUCUGGCUCUGGAAUACGUCAACGACUUUGACCUAAUGAAGUUUGACGUGAAGAAGGAAGGUCUGACCGGGCUGGGACGUACCGGGGUUCGCCAGUGUACUCGGCUUCAGCCCCAGGGCUCUGUGUCCUCCACCCCCAUCAGCACACCAUGCAGCUCGGUGCCUUCCUCACCCAGCUUCAGCCCCAGAGAGCAGAAUAACCAUCUGGAGGAGCUCUGUUGGAUACCCAACAGUGGGUACCACAAGCAGAUCGACCCACAGACGCUGAGUCUGACCCCGGAGGACGCAGUGGAGGCCCUGAUUGGAGCCACGACCCAUAGCCACGCCCCGAACUCGCAUGUCCAGCAGCAGCUGCAGCAGAGCAGCUUCGAUGGCUACAGAGGGCCUCACCACCACAACCCCCAUGACCAACCCCAACAGCAUUACCAUCCCUAUGGGAGAGGCAUUCCGCUCCACCCAGAUGAACUGCCUGGACACCAGGCGGGGCACAGCCACCCACAUACCCAGCACCACCACCACAGCCCGGUCCCAGACAGCCCGUCCCCCGUCUCCCCAGACUCCCACCAAGCCCUCCACCACCAACACGACCACCAGGGACAACAAGGCUCAGGCAAUGUAGAGGACCGAUUCUCUGACGACCAGCUGGUGUCUAUGUCUGUGAGAGAGCUGAACAGGCACCUGCGGGGGUUCACCAAGGACGAGGUCAUCCAUCUCAAGCAGAAGAGGCGGACCCUAAAAAACAGGGGCUACGCACAGUCCUGCCGCUUCAAGCGGGUGCAACAGAAACACGUGCUGGAGAACGAGAAGACUCAUCUGAUAAACCAGGUGGGGGCACUCAAGGCGGAAAUCAAUCGGCUGGCGCGCGAGAGGGACGCCUACAAACUAAAGUGCGAGAAACUGACGGGAACGGGAGCGAAUAACAGGAUCCGGGAGGCUGGGUCCACAAGGGACAAUCCAUCACCUCCAGAGUUUUUCAUGUGAGUUGUUAUUAUAGCUCUAUUGACUCUACCCUACCACCAACUGUUGCUGAUGACCAAACAAUAAUAAUCAAAUACUCCGUCACAUUGACUAUACUAAUGACAGCAACUAUAUUCAUAUACGUCUACACAACAAACAACGCAGAGUUGAGACUCACAUUUGACACUGGGCCUGAAAAAAAGAAAAGAGAAUUGUAAAACAAGAAUCCACAUUAUGCAAUCUUGAAUUCUGUCUACUUAUCCCGCAAAGGGGGACAUUGUAUGCGACAUAUCAUUGGUUGCCUGCUUGGUUAUUUUCGAAUAUAUAUUGAAACAAAAAUAUCAUUAAAAUAUUAAUCCUGCAUGCUGGACAUGUACGGUAAUAAUUUAUAUUUUGUACUACUUAAUAAGAGCAUGUUGUUGAUCUGCGCUUCUCCAUAGCGUUGUUUAGAUGGAUGGAAUGGGGACAGUACAGCAGGGUUGCCUGUGCAAUAUCAUGGUGUUCUGUAGCCUUGCAAAAAUUACGCAAUGCAAAACUGCACACCAUGAUUGAAGAGGCGGGUUUUAACUUUUCUUUCUUCGAGUUUUCUUUUCUUCAUGUUUAUGUUUGAGUUUCAUUCUUUGGGUAUUGUUUCGGAGAUAUGGCCAUUUUGCAGUUGCAUUUAAAGAUAACAAACUGUAUAUUAAGUGCACUUUAUGGAUACUGGCUUGUUUUAAGUUUUCAUUUUGAGUUUUUGCAGUCGCCCUUAAAAUACAUUCUAUGAUUAUGGAUUAUUAUAUUAUAAUAAUAAAGACAAUAUAGAUGCAAGCCUAAUAAUAACCAUGUGACACAAUGUGAUGUAUUGUGUGAAACUGUAAAAACAAACGCCUCGCUAUAAUAUCAGAUGAGUGAGUGCUUUGUGCACAACAUUUAAGCACGGUAACUGUUUGUUAUUCUCUCUCCUCGGAAGCAUAUAGGCUACAGUAGAAAACUACUGUCACAUGUUAUUCCAUUUCAUUGUGGUGCUGUAGUCAGAAGAGUUUUUUUUCUUAACCAGAAAUCCCGUUCUGUUAACUAUUGCCUAACCCUAAUGUGAAUGUAAUGUGAAGAACAAAUGUAGUCGGAGAUUUUAAUUGAAACUCGAUUAAAGUAUUUUAUUGGGUGCAGCUGCGUCGCGUUAACAGUCAUAUAGGUCUGCUAUAGACAUAUGUUGUACUUUUCCAUUUUUUAAUUAACAUGCUUAAUCAUGUUGACCAAAUGAGGGGUUUUAGAUACAAUUAACAAGUAUUUGGAUUGCGCAUGCGUUUCGGGAAUACGACGUUGAAAUGUAUUAAUGCUAUAUGUUUUCCCCAAAAAUAUUCUGCCAGUCAGUAAAAAAAAAGGGAUUCAGGUUGUGCAAAAUCUCAAAAUGAAAACUGUUGUGUAUGCUAUAUGACAUUAUCUUUUCGUCUAUUGUAUUAUUAUUAUUAUUUGGUGACUCUGGUUCUGCUGGCCAGAUGCAUAGUUAAAGUUGUAAUUUUAAUGAUUAAAAUGAACAAACUGUCAGAUCAUAUUGAAUAAGCAUGGUGCUUGCAUUUAACAACUGUUGUUGAGAAGUCUUUUAACAAUCUCUUGGUUUGUUACUGAUUCAACUGUGUUGAAAUCAAAUUGAAACUGCAGCAGGGGAUUGUCGUUUUGUUUUUCAUUUCGUGUAUUUUGCGAUGAUCAUGAUGAGUAUUAAUUUUCAAUCCGGUUUAUAUAAAGAAUAUUACAUUUGAACUGUUGUAGUUCCAUUCAGGCUGGUUUCUGUUUCGUCUUAUUUUUCUUGUUUUUUGGAAGAAAUGGUUUCCUAUUUUGCUUAUUAAAGUCAUUAAAAUGGCA